UGAGGAAGCAGGACAUUCGAGAGCGGCCGGUGCACAGCUUCGGAGUCCCCAGCGUUCCGCUCCAGGUCUCCUGAGGCGGCCGUACAAUCCUCGGCAGUGUCCUGAGACUGUAUGGUCAUCUCAGCGGCCGCACUCGCCUGGCCCCGGAUUUCUUCUAACUCGCUCUUUUCGAACCACUCUUUUUUUGUUUGUUGGUUGGUUGGUUUUGUUUUGUGAAAUCCCAGAAAACUGACUCCUGUUCGCGGAUAAACGGAACUUCAGGUCCCUUGUCGCUGCUCCCUUUUGGCGUCUUACAACCUCCUCCCACUCCUUUCCCCGGCCCCGCCUCCUCCUGCAGGUUCCUCCCUGUCACCCCUCUCCUCCCUCCUCCUCCUCCUCCGCACCUAGCCAGCCGUCCGCAAACUUCCACCUGAUUGUGCGGGACACUCGGACCUGCGAGCACUAAAGACCUUUCACACCUGCUGGGGCGACAGAGAGCCGCCGAGGGCCACCGCAAAGGCAGCGGCUGCAGCCCCUAGGAACCCAGGUGCUCCGGGUCUCGGAGGAACACGGCGACAAUGACAGCUGACAAGGAGAAGAAAAGGAGCAGCUCAGAGCUGAGGAAGGAGAAAUCCCGAGAUGCUGCAAGGUGUCGUCGCAGCAAGGAGACGGAGGUCUUCUAUGAGCUGGCCCACGAGCUGCCCCUGCCUCCCAGUGUGAGCUCCCACCUGGACAAAGCCUCCAUCAUGCGGCUAGCCAUCAGCUUCCUGCGAACACACAAGCUCCUGUCCUCAGUCUGUUCUGAGAAUGAGUCUGAAGCUGAGGCUGACCAGCAGAUGGAUAACUUGUACCUGAAGGCCUUGGAGGGUUUCAUUGCCGUGGUGACCCAAGACGGUGAUAUGAUCUUCCUGUCGGAAAAUAUCAGCAAGUUCAUGGGACUUACCCAGGUAGAACUAACAGGACACAGUAUCUUUGACUUCACUCAUCCUUGUGACCACGAGGAGAUCCGUGAGAACCUGACUCUCAAAAAUGGUUCUGGCUUUGGGAAGAAAAGCAAAGAUAUGUCUACCGAGCGCGACUUCUUCAUGAGGAUGAAAUGCACAGUGACCAACAGAGGCCGGACUGUCAACCUCAAGUCAGCCACCUGGAAGGUCUUGCACUGCACUGGACAAGUGAGAGUCUACAACAACUGCCCCCCUCACAGUAGCCUCUGUGGCUACAAGGAGCCCCUGCUGUCAUGCCUCAUCAUCAUGUGUGAGCCGAUCCAGCACCCAUCCCACAUGGACAUCCCCUUGGACAGUAAGACUUUCCUGAGCCGCCACAGCAUGGACAUGAAGUUCACCUACUGUGAUGACAGAAUCAUGGAACUGAUUGGUUACCACCCCGAGGAGCUCCUUGGCCGCUCUGCCUACGAAUUCUACCAUGCCCUGGACUCGGAGAACAUGACCAAAAGUCACCAGAACUUGUGCACCAAGGGGCAGGUGGUGUCUGGCCAGUACCGGAUGCUAGCAAAACAUGGAGGCUAUGUGUGGCUGGAGACCCAGGGGACAGUCAUCUACAACCCCCGCAACCUGCAACCCCAGUGUAUCAUGUGUGUCAACUAUGUCCUGAGUGAGAUUGAGAAGAACGAUGUGGUGUUCUCCAUGGACCAGACCGAGUCCCUGUUCAGGCCCCACCUGAUGGCCAUGAACGGCAUCUUCGACAGCAGUGGUGGCGUAGCUGGAUCUGAGAAGAGUAACUACCUGUUCACCAAGCUGAAGGAGGAGCCCGAGGAGCUAGCUCAGCUGGCCCCCACCCCGGGAGAUGCCAUUAUUUCUCUGGAUUUUGGAAGCCAGAACUUUGAUGAGUCCUCAGCCUAUGGCAAGGCCGUGCUGCCCCCAGGUCAGCCAUGGGCUGCAGAGCUGAGCCACAGUGCCCAGAGUGAGUCCGGGAGCCUGCCUGCCUUCACUGUGCCCCAGGCGGGCACCCCAGGGAACACCACACCCAGUGCUACAAGCAGCAGCAGCUGCUCCACGCCCAGCAGCCCUGCGGACUACUACUCUUCUCUGGAGGAUCACUUGAAGAUGGAAGUGAUUGAGAAGCUCUUUGCCAUGGACACGGAGGCAAAGGACCAGUGCAACACCCAGACCGAUUUCAAUGAGCUGGACCUGGAGACUCUGGCACCCUACAUCCCAAUGGAUGGGGAAGACUUCCAGCUAAGCCCAAUCUGCCCGGAGGAGCCACACAUGCCAGAGAGUCCCCAGCCCAAUGCCCAGCACUGCUUUAGUACCAUGACAAGCAUCUUCCAGCCACUAGCCCCGGGGGCCGCCCACAGCCCCUUCUUCCUGGACAAGUACCCACAGCAGCUGGAGAGCAGGAAGACGGAGCCUGAGCACUGGCCUAUGUCUUCCAUCUUCUUUGACCCUGGGGACAAAGGGUCCCUGCCACCAUGCUGUGGCCAGGCCAGUACUCCUCUCUCUUCUAUGGGAGGCAGAUCCAACACUCAGUGGCCUCCAGACCCACCAUUACAGUUUGGGCCCACCAAGUGGCCUGCUGACGAUCAGAACGCCGAGGCCCUGGGGGCUCUGCCAUUGGGGCCAUCACAGCUGGAGCCUCCCAACACCUCACCCCAUGUCUCCAUGUUCAAGAUGAGAUCUGCAAAGGACUUCGGGGCUCGCAGCCCCUACAUGAUGAGUCCAGCCAUGAUAGCCCUCUCCAACAAGCUGAAGCUAAAGCGCCAGCUGGAGUAUGAGGAGCAAGGCUUCCAAGACACAAGUGGGGGGGACCCUCCGGGCACCAGCAGCAGUUCCCAUCUGAUGUGGAAACGUAUGAAGAGCCUCAUGGGGAGGACCUGUCCUCUGAUGCCUGACAAGACCAUCAGUACGAAUGUGGCCCCUGAUGAAUUCACCCAAAACUCCAUGAGAGGCCUGGGUCAGCCACUGAGACACCUGCCACCCCCACAACCACCAUCUGCCAUGAGCCCAGGAGAAAAUCCCAAGAGUGGGUUCCCGCCACAGGGCUACGCCUCACAGUUCCAGGACUUCCGUCCUCCAGGAGCCCCAAAGGUGUCAGGCAUGGCGAGCCGACUGCUGGGGCCGUCGCUGGAACCUUACCUGUUGCCGGAACUGACCAGAUAUGACUGUGAGGUGAACGUCCCUGUGCCGGGAAGUUCCACACUCCUGCAGGGGAGAGACCUUCUCAGAGCCCUGGAUCAAGCCACCUGAGCCAGGGCCUUCGGCCGGGCAUGCUCCUGCCCGGCCAUCCUGUCCUGCCAGCUUCACCUUCCGUCUGUGUUGCAACUAGGUAUAUCUAACACCAGCACACUUCUUAAGAGAUGUACUGACCGGGGCCGGUCUGCCCAGGUCACCAAGCCGUGGCCUUUAUCUGACAUGCUCACUUGAUUAUCUGUGUUUUAAAAAUACAUACUUGUUUUACCGUCGAUGAAAAUGUUCUGAAAUUUUAUAAGAUUUCCCCCUCCCUCCCUUGACUUAUUUCUAAUUUAUAUUCCCCAAAGGUUUCUCUCUCACACUCAGUAUCCCUACUAACAGUCAUGGUGGAUGUUGGCUCUCCUGCUAGGGAAAGCUUUGGCUCCGUUCAGCGGAAGUGCGUUUGUCAUUGUUGCCAAAGAGAAGAGUUUUCCUUUUCGAACCCCACUGUGGAUUCUCUCUGUCUCUCUGUCGUCUCUCUCUCUCUGUCUCUUUCCCUCACACACACACCCAAUCACCAUAUUGUAAAAAGCCAGUUCUUUGCUCUGAUUUUGAUCUGACUUGCGGGGCAGGAAAGCAAUGUGAAGGGUAAACUCCAGAGUUACCUGUGAAGCUACACAGUGGCCUUCCUGAACCAUGAUGUCUCCCAUCUCACCCCAGGUUCAGUGGAUUUUUACUAUUAUUAUUACUCUAAAGCAAAACUGAGAGUUUUUUUUUAAGGAAAAUUUAUAUCUGGGUUUGGUGUUUUUCAUAUAUAUGGGUACUUUUAAUAUCUAAAAACUUAGAAAUGGACUCCUGCUCACAAAAUCACUUUUAAGAUCUCAUUAGGGCUGUUCUUGUUAUUCUUCUCGGUGUUCUGCACACUGUAGAACUGUAUAGUACUCCCACAGGCCUGUACUAACUCCGCUACGGAUCCCCUGCCCCACCACUCUCUCUGGUGACCUUUUGCUUUGGCCUGUUGCUAUGCCAUAGAUGUGGAGUCACUAAGGGGGAGCGUGGCAAGCUCUCGUCUCUCCUCUUGUUCACUGUGUGUUAUGUACGUAUGCAUUGUCAUUGCUGCCACGUGGGGGAUGGGCAGGAAGUGCUUUCACUUUUUUCAGGUGACGUUGCUAGCCCUUCAAGUGCACCAAGCUACGCUACGCGACCUGUCUCUCUCUCAUGCGGCACAUUUGGGUAUUUCCACAGCUACCAUGAAAUGGUUUGAAUGGGAAUUCACAAAGCAAGUAGGGAUUCACAAAUAAUAUAGUGACCCAGUCCCUGGAGAGCUAAACUGGGAGAUGGUGCCAGGUCUGACCAGCCCUGCACCGCGCCACAGCCCACAGCUUGCAGGGCAGAGGGUCCUGCAAAGCCAAGGUGCAGCGCCCCCUGCUGGUGAAUAGCCGGCAGACCUCCAGGGAUAGCCUCUAGCUGAGGUCUCAGUCACAUGAAGUGACAUGAAUAGGUAGAAAGCACUGAAAAUACUGGUCCCAGAGCACUUUGUAACUCACUGGGGAGGAGGUAGGCCACGUUUUGGGUGUGUGAUACCAAUCGACAUACAAUGUUGUUGACUUGGGUACAAUAAAACUUUAAAUACAUACAAAGUCCAUCAGGCCAAAAUGCAGUAAGCCUAAAGGGACUUACUGCUCCAACCAAAAAUUAACUUUCAAAGUCAGCCUAGCUAAAAGUAUCUAGGCAUGGUGUUGUCCAAGUCACACAUUGGUCCACGGUGUGGCCUGACACGCGGUGAGAGAACAUAAAGGGUUAUUGACAUGUAAAUGCUGGUAUUUGAUUUCCUGUGUUGUUGCCUCAGCAUUAAGGGCAUUUUCCCUUUGCAGUUUUACUAAAAAACAAAAACAGAAAACACUGAGAAAUAUUCCAAGCUUCACAUUAACCUUUCUUGUCAAUGUAACAACUUCGAACAUUACUGCAUUGUCAAAUUCCUACUGACGGCAUUGUAACUGUCUGGGAGCUUAACUUUAUAAGGAAAUGUAUUUUGACACUGAUAUCUUAUUAAAGUAUUCUGAUCCUA